UUAAGUUUGAACGGCAAAUUUUGUAGGCGGUGUUAAAAUUUCCCUCACUACCAAAUGGAGCUCUCGCACAAAGAACGUUCAGAAAUGAAAAAGCACAUCAAGAAAGUGCUUAGCGCUAAGGGAAAACCCUUUGAUGGGCUGCGCGCACGCACCGUUGUGCUGCUCACACAUAGAACUGACGGCGCCCAAACUUUCAUGAAAAUGACUCAUAAUGAGCUUUUGCACACCAAUCGCUUCACCGCUUGGAAAUAUUGCAAUCUAAUGCAUAAGGCAAUGCGUUUCGGUUCACCGCAAAUACUCAAAAUGAUGCAGAGCACACAACAGCGCCAAGAAAUUUAUAAUCUAGCCAAUUAUUGGGCACUACAAACGGAUGCGUUAGAUGUGUGCAUCGUGCGGUAUCUAAAGUUGUUACAAUGCAAAGCGUAUUUUCACUACAAUUAUACCUUCUUCAAUGGCGCAUUGGAGGCUGAAAUAACCAAGGAAUGGGAUGUGAAUUUAUGCUUUCAGCUAUGCACCGAUAUCUUUGAUUAUUUGGAUAAUUUGUUGUCGUUGCAGCAUUCCAUUUUCGCCGGUCUGACAUUGCAACAACUCUCUGCUAUAACACCUCAAAUACAAUGUCGGCUGCAACCGCUCAUCAAUGUUGCGGCAGAAUGCAGCAUUUUGUAUGAUCAAGCGGUGAAUGCGAUGGGAGCAGUUUGUGCCAAAUUGCCGCCUAUCGACGUAAUUGGUUUGCGUAAUCGUUUCAAUGCACUCUAUCAGCAAUUGCAUGGAUUCUAUUGUGCAUUACAACAGGUGAAAAUUAUACUCAAAAUGGAAUAUGUGCCGGAGUUAUCUGCAGCUGUGCCGGAUUUCUAUGGAUAUAGUAACAGUUGUACUGUAUGCAGUAGCCAACCAACGGCACCUCCGUUAGGGGAGUUGUAGUAGUAAUGGGAAUGCAGAGGAGUUAGAGAGUAAGCAAGAGGGAAGUGAGAGAGCGCAUGAGAGGAGGAGCGAGAGAAAGAGAGAAGGAGA